AUGACUGCUUACUUUGGCCGCGCUACGAUGGCUGCCUUGACCGCCGGGCUGGCCUACAUGAUCUACUCCAACGCCACGUCCACGCCGACGGACGCCACCGACGACGCACCGACGACAACGACCACGCCGUCGAGCACGGUCGAGCAGCAACACGAUCACCUCGACACCGAUCUCGACGAGCCGCCACAGCUCGACGCCGCUACCAUCAUGGAGCUCCUUGAAGACACACAACAACGCCACGUGGACGUGAUGCAGGCGUCUCUGGACGCAUCCACCGCCACCGCAGCGACACUGCAGCGCCAACUCGACGCAUCCGUCAACCGUUUGGCACACCAAGCUCUCGCGUCGCUCCACGAGUCGGCUGCAGCGGAUGAAGUCAUCCGAAAUUUGCAGCUGGAGCUCAACGCAGCGAACGUGACGGUCGAGGUUGUGACGAUGGACGCGGCAAGGGCUCUAGACCAGUGGCACCGCGCGGUCUCGAGCCGCCUGUUCGAAUGUCCACGCUGCGGUGGCAUCGACGACACGCCCAUCAUGAUCGAGUCGAAUGACGACGACGACGACGAGCGGUGGUCGUGUGAAGACGCCAUGCCAAUGUCGGCCAUCCUCGCAGCACCGCCGCAGCUGCCAUCCAUCACCGAGACGCCAGAAGAGCUCACGGACGACGACAACACCACUUACCAGCAGCGACGGGAACGAAAACUGAGUCGACUGCGCGAGGUCGGGCUCUGGCCACUUGGACCCAAGAAGAAGCCCAAGCCACCGCCCCGCGUCCCGCGCUUGCCGGCCGCCCACCGUCCUGGCUUAGCCGAUAUCCUUGCUGGUCUGGGAGCACUAGGUUUUGGUGGAUCUCCGCUCUAG